UCUGCGCUGCACCAUCAUCCUCGUCUUAGUUCCUCCUGAGCUGGGCGGCGCUGCGAGAGAGCUCAGCUGAGCUGCGCUACUACGGCAAUGGCCAUGGCCGCCGCCCUUUCCGUCGUCGUCUCCGCCAAGCUCGGCUGCGCCGCCGCGACAGCAGCAGCGUCGUCUGCACUCAGCUGGAAGGGAAGCAGAAUUUCGGGUAGGAACCUGAUCUCCAUGAGGACGACGACGGCGAGAAGAGGCCUCGUCUCCCUGAGAUCCCCUCGCUUCCGCGUCUUCGCAGCAGCGAAGGCGGAGACGGUGGGGAAGGUGAUGCAGAUCGUGAAGCAGCAGCUGGCGCUCGGGGAGGAGGCGAAGCUGGCGCCGGAGUCGCAGUUCACGGAGCUGGGCGCCGACUCGCUGGACACGGUGGAGAUCGUCAUGGCGCUGGAGGAGGAGUUCGGCAUCACCGUCGAGGAGGACAACGCCCAGAGCAUCGCCACCAUCCAGGACGCCGCCGACCUCAUCGACAAGCUCGUCGCCGCCGGCACCACUCCUCCCCCCGCCGCCUGAGACGCUGCAUCUUCAGUUCUUCUCCUUGCUAGCAUCGAUCGAUCCCUGUGUAUCUCUCUGCCUGUAGCUUUUCGAACAGUUUUGUCACUUGGUUUUUUGCUUGCUUGAUUGAUACUACUAGUUGUUUAUUUGUGUACUUUUGCUGCCGGAUUUUGUAAAAUUUUAAUUAUUAGAUUACUAGUUUAAUUACUAGUAGUAGUUUAAUUUUUUCGU